AAUACGAGAAAUGGUUGCAUAUAAAACUUUAAUAGAUGUCAACAACAUAAUGGAUUGAAGAAAGAUGCUAAAUUAUCACCACUCCAAGCAAGUAAGUAUGCAUAAAUUCUCUCCCUUGAAACAUUACCAAAAAGAAAAUAUAACGGUGAUUAUACUAAACUGCACCUGCACGUCGGUUUGGAAUUCCAUCUCCCCGUUGUCAGCGAGAUUAUUUUAAGACACCGGCUGCUAUGAUGAAACUUAAGCAUGGGAUUAGAGCGAUAGGUGAAGCGGGAAAUCAUGUUAUUAGCCGUAAUCUGCAGAUUAUUCGUCUUGGGAAACUGGGAAAAGUUGAAGACGCUAUCAGAAUAUUCUCUAACAUGACCCACAAAAAUCUUGUAACAUACAAUUCCAUGGUAUCCCUUUUAGCCAAAAAUGCUAGAAUUAGUGAUGCUAGACGAUUGUUUGACAAAAUGUCUCCAAAAAACAUUGUUUCUUGGAACUCCAUGAUUGCUGGAUAUCUUCACAACAACAUGGUUGAAGAAGCCACUAAGCUGUUUGAUGCAAUGCCUGAAAGAGACAAUUUUUCGUGGGCUUUGAUGAUAACUUGCUAUACACGAAAAGGGGAUCUUGAUAAGGCUAGAGAAUUGCUUGAGUUGGUUCCUGAUAAGUUGAACACUGCAUGUUGGAAUGCAAUGAUAGCUGGUUAUGCAAAGAAGGGCAAGUUCAAUGAUGCUGAGAAAGUGUUUGACCAGAUGCCGACAAAGGAUUUGGUUUCUUACAACUCAAUGUUGGCUGGGUAUACACAAAAUGGGAACAUGCUUUUAGCAUUACAAUUUUUUGAGAAGAUGGCCAAGAGGAACGUGGUCUCGUGGAAUUUGAUGGUGGCUGGAUAUGUUAACAGUGGUGACCUUAGUUCUGCUUGGCAAUUGUUUGAAAAUAUUCCAAAUCCUAAUGUUGUCUCUUGGGUUACAAUGCUGUGUGGGUUUGCACGAUACGGAAAGAUUAUAGAAGCUAGAAGACUUUUUGACAAGAUUCCCAGAAAGAAUGCGGUUUCUUGGAAUGCAAUGAUUGCAGCCUAUGUCCAGGAGAUACAAAUUGAUGAAGCUGUGAAGCUGUUCAAGAAAAUGCAGCACAAAGAUAGAGUCUCAUGGACUACAAUAAUUAAUGGGUACAUUCGAGUUGGUAAGCUUGAUGAAGCACGUGAUGUUUACAAUCAGAUGCCUUACAAAGACAUUGGAGCGAAAACGGCAUUGAUGUCUGGAUUGAUACAAGAUGGAAGGAUUGACGAGGCUAAUAAAAUGUUUAGUCAAAUUCAUGCACGUGAUGCUGUUUGUUGGAACAACAUGAUUGCAGGCUAUUCCCAGAGUGGAAGAAUGGAUGAAGCUCUCAAUUUAUUUAGACAAAUGCCGAUUAAGAAUGUUGUUUCAUGGAAUACUAUGAUUUCUGGAUAUGCGCAGGCAGGACAAAUGGAUAGAGCAACAGAGAUUUUCCAGGCCAUGGGGGAAAAAAAUUUAGUUUCGUGGAAUUCUCUUAUUGCUGGUUUCCUACAAAAUAAUCUAUACUCCGAUGCACUUAAGUGUUUGGUUAUGAUGGAGCAGGAGGGAAAGAAACCCGAUCAAUCAACUUUAGCAAGUGGCUUAAGUGCAUGUGCUAAUCUUGCUGCUUUGCAGGUAGGCAAGCAACUUCACGAUUACAUUCUGAAGAGCGGUUAUGUGAAUGAUUUAUCUGUCAACAAUGCCCUGAUCACUAUGUACGCAAAAUGUGGAAGUAUAAAAAAUGCUGAACAAGUUUUCGGAGACAUUGAUUGUAUCGAUCUUAUAUCUUGGAAUUCCUUAAUUUCGGGUUAUGCUUUGAAUGGAUACGCAAAUAAGGCAUUUGAAGCCUUUGGCAAGAUGUUAUCACAGAGAGUGGUUCCAGACGAGGUUACUUUUGUUGGAAUGUUGUCUGCAUGUAGUCAUGUUGGUUUAGCGACCAAGGGUUUGGAUAUUUUUAAAUGUAUGAUUGAAGAUUUUGCUAUUGAACCCUUGGCAGAACACUACAGCUGCCUUGUUGACUUGUUUGGUCGCGUGGGUAGACUAGAGGAAGCCUUCAACAUUGUGAGGGAGAUGAAGGUGAAGGCAAAUGCUGGAUUAUGGGGUUCAUUGCUUGGGGCUAGUCGUAUACACAAAAACUUGGAACUUGGCAUAUUUGCCGCCCAGAGACUCUUCGAAUUCGAGCCUGAUAAUGCCUCCAAUUACGUUACCCUGUCAAACAUGCUUGCCGAGGCUGGUAGAUGGAAAGAGGUCGAAAGACUAAGGAUCCUGAUGAGGGACAAAAGAGCUGCAAAGCAACCUGGUUGCAGCUGGAUUGAAGUUCAAAAUCAGAUACAACAUUUUUUGUCACAUGAUCUAGCAAAGCUGAGACAUGAAAAUAUUCAGAUUAUAGUGAAUACUUUAGCUGCACACAUGAGGGACAAAUGUAACAUAUCUGACAUGGAAUCAGCCUGUGACAUUCUAUGAUUGGAGGUCUUGAUAUAUGUGAUGAUCACUAUGACACACCCGAGCAUUGUCUGUUUCAUGAUCUUGACACUGUUUUCUGGUGAUUUCCACAAUCCUAUAUUUACUCUGGAUCAAGGGCUCCCAGAUAACCACGGCAGAAUAUAUGGAUCAGCUGCAUAUGAUUAAUUUUGAACAGCGAUGGAAAAAGGCAACUAAGUGGAAAGAGUUUCCAAUCCUUUUCAAAAAAAUCCUCUCAAUGGCAUAAUGAUGCUUUUUAAUAAGAAGAGAACACAUCUCAUGGAUAUCAAGUCCUUCCGUUACCACUUCAAAGGAUAAUUUUACAGUUGUUCCAGAAGAUGACCCUUUAGUAUGGGUUUGUAGUGAAGAUGAUCCUGAAAACUGGCAUGUUCACGUUGGGCAAUGCAAAUCUUCCGCUCCAUUGACUCGGGGUUCCUCAAAGGAUUUUCCAAACAUGUUGAUGUUCCUCUGUCCCAGAAUCUUAUGUGUGCUAAAAUAUUUGGUCUUAGAAGAAACUGUUCAAACAGCGUACAUUCAAGCGAUCAGAUCUGCCCAACACUUUAUUUAUAUUGAAAACCAAUACUUCAUUCGAUCAUCAUAUGCAUGGCCAUAAAGAUGAAGGGGUUGAAAAUCUCAUCCCAAUGUUGUUGGCACUGAAAAUUACUAGUAAAAUCAGAGCUGAGGAAAGAUUUGCUGUUUAUGUUGUUUCACCAAUGUGGCCAGGAGGCGAUCCUAAAACUGGGGCUAUGCAAGAAAUCCUCUUUUGGCAGGUAUCAGAUUGUGUGUAUUCUUUUGAAUUUUAUUUUCAGAUGGUGGAAAUAUACAACUAAUGAAUAUUAAGGAUUCUGGUUCUCUAAGUAGUGUAAUUGUUGGUGAGCAAAUUAAGGGAGUGAGUUCUCACAAAUUCUGAUUGGAACCAGAAUAGGAAUGACAAAACAAGAGUAAUAUUAAUAAUUUAUUAGAACUAUAUCAGAGGUAUAAACCUUUGUCAAAUAAAGGGAAGAGACAUUUUAUUAGAUAAUAUCUUUUUUCCUUGUUAGUACUCCAAUAGUAGAUGAUAUUUUUACACUAACAGUUUGUUCUUUAGCCUUAUCAGAUUAAGUUGCUUAACACUGAUUCCAAAUUGAUUUAUAAUCAUUGAGACGCAGAUAAAUAAUGAAUGAUAUGUUUAACAUUAGAAAAGUCAUGGUCUUUGAUUUAUUAAUGUGUAAAUAUCGUAGAAGAUUGAAACACUGAUUAUUAUAUUUCUGAAUAAUGUUUAU